AUGUCUUCAUACCGGACUCAUUGGGAUGACACGAAUCUGGUACUCAAGCAUGAGGCAAUGUCUAGCCCAAAACAUCAUAGCAUAGCAACACCCGAACACACAAACCUCAUUCAAGCACAAGUUGAAGGCCAUGAGAACACAGCAACGCCCGAAUGGACAAACAACAAUCCAACCCAGGAUGAGAUGGCUACUGACAACAGUGACGACGAGUUCGACGCUGGCGAGGAAUUCCGAGAUAGGGUUAAUGUCAUCAAGAACGGAGCCGACACGGGGUACAACCCCAUGAGCGAAGCACUCCCAAAGCUCCCAGCCUACCACCCUUCAUUCAUCAAAGCUGAGAAAUACUGUUCAGAAUUGAUGGAAGAUGCGGCUCUCGUCCUCAAGAAUGCUGAGUACAAAGAUACCCGGAUUCUGCAACUACUCGAGAAAGCGUCAAGCAACCAAACUCUUGAGUAUCCCAAACCUAGAAUAGUUGGCUUGAUGGGCGAUAGCGGAGUUGGAAAAAGCUCGCUCAUCAACUCCCUUCUAGACACUCCCGAUAUUGCUCUUUCAGGCGCGAACGGCGAAGCUUGUACCAACGUGAUCACUGAGUACCACCAAGCGCAGCCGUCCCAGAAGGCCCCAUUUAUGGCGGAGAUCAUCCUGUUUGAACCAUCCACCGUGCAGCGAAUAUUGGAGACUCAUCUUGGAUCAUAUUACCGUUACGUGCAUGGAUCCGUCGGAACCAUGGACCAAGAAGCCAUAGACGAAUUAAACGCCCAAGUCUCAACGGCUUUAGAAACAUUCCAAGCUUUGUUUGCGAAUCGGGAAGAGUUCAGUAAUGAGGAGCGUACGAAAGAGUUCCUUGAGCAGGCAAAAUCGGCAUCCGAUUCAGAGAUGCUGCAAAAGCUUUAUGGCUGGAUUCAGGAGUCCAUCUCAAAAUGUGGUGCUGAAGGUGGCAUCAUACGCCGAAGCGUUUACAGCCCUGAGGAGCUCGGAAGUGAAACUGAGCGAUUUAUUAAGUCAUGCAAAAAUUUGCUCGACGAAAACGACUGCCAUGUUCCUUCGCUAUGGCCGCUAAUCAAAACAGUCAGCCAGGAUGUGCCUGCUAAACAGAAGCCUUCGGAUCUUGAUGCCACUCCACAGGAUAUCGAAGAGCAUGAAAGAUUGAUGGCAGCGUACGACCACGUAUGCAGGGGAAAGAGUCGCUUGACUAGCUUGAAGAAGCUGGAGAGGGGAAAAGCAAAGCAAACUUUCACUCAGAAGAUUGUAGAUCUAGAAUUGCGGGAAGGACUCAUCCUGAUGAGGAAUCGAAAGGUCACUACGAUCAUGCGUCAGAAGGAUAAAAACAUCACGCAAGAUCGUGCCCUACUCUUCGUCUUUGCGGUAUCCAACUCGGACUAUAUCAAGCACAAGGACGGUUAUGAUCUGUCCGAGGAAAUUCCCGUCUCAAUUCAUGUGACAGGUAUACCUCAUGUGCGUUACCAAUUGUCCAAGAUGCCAGCGAGAAGCCGGCUCGACGCCUUGAAGCACUACUGCCAUGGUACGGUAGAAGACAUGAUUGGCUCACUGCACAACUGGAGCCAACAGUCUAUAAUCCAACGGCGAGUAGAGCUUACAGAAUUGGUGGCGAAACCGCGCGCAGCUGUGGGAGCCGAAAUCUUCAAGUACGUUGCAGAAUUGAAGUCGGUCUUGGAAAGUUGCAUUCUGCAGGAGUGUGAAGAUUGCCAGGAAGCGUGGGUAGAGAACAGUGUUCGGCUGUUCGAGACAUGGACGAAAGAGUGGCAUGGCUCGACCUUUGCAGCAUGGUGCCGAAAUAAUGGAGCACACAAGACCAAAGCCCGACCGUACGUUAGUUGGAACGCAGAGAUCCUGGGUCCGGUGUCCAAAGACCUGACAACCGCCUGGCAAAUAUUCGAUGACGAGAUUGCUACCGCUAAGGAGGACUGCUUCGCGGCCCUCGUCGGAUUGGUGGAUGGCAUCGGCGAGGAUCUGGCUGCUGAAGAGGGCAUCUCUAUGGAGCCAAUGGCCCCUUUCUUGUCCUCACUUGCUUCCAAGAAGACAUUGUUGCGCAAAUGCCUUGACGAUUUCUCGGUGAAGGUGAAGACCAUCAGCAGGGACACGAAAUUAAAUAUCACUAUGGAUGAUGAGGAUCCAGAUAGCUUCCUUCUACAGGCGAUGUCCCCACUUUACGCCAAGUGUGCGAAAGUGACAGGCAAGAACAUGCAUACGCAGAGAUGCACCUUACUGAAUGACGCAAUGUCGAAGGGAGGGCCCUUCGCUGGCUUUUGUCCAGGAAUCAAGAAGGCUAUUGAGGAGGAGAUCGAUAGACAACAGUCGGUAGUCUUGGGGGGCGUGCAGGGGGUCUUCAACAUGGUUCUUGAAGACUUCAAUUCGACAUUCACUGUCGAAGAGAUACCAGAUCCAAAGCGAGAUCUUCUGCGCUCUCAGAUCCAGCAAUUCGUCGACCACGCACAGGCCAAGAUCAACGGGCCUCUGGCAACUGAGUUGGCAACGGCUAUGGCGGAUUCGGAGUGA